CUAACACCACUUAUCUCGGUAGUAGCCCACAACCACCACGGCCCAAGACUAUCGUAAUUACGCUAGUAAUGGAGUCGUUUAUCUUUUAUGAAGAGUAUGCACUCGCUAUUUGUAAAACAUGUCAGUUUGCUGUGGUUAGUGACGAGUUAGCCACCCACCUACGGACACGCCACCGCCAUAUCCCACCGUCGACCCGUAGUAGCAUCGUCAAGGCCAUCUCUAGUAUAAUGGGCAUACGUACGAACCAGGCCAGUCUUGCGCAGCUGCAGUAUCCCGACCCAUCAACAGCCCCCAUCGACCAUCUUGCCGACCCACGCACGGACAGUAUCCGAUAUCACCGAUACUCCUAUAUUUAUCGCCAAACUUAAAGGAUCCAGGAUCACUGCCGAAGACAUCACGGGGCGUGGCCAACCGCUAGACCAAGCGCCGGAGGCGGUCGCCGAGGAGGCAGCGUCACGGCAGGCCACCGAGCUACUCCGUCAACUACGGCAGAACCAAGCCGAGCAGGUUAAGG